UGUCGAAGCUGUCAAGAGGAAGGUCCAUUUGUUGUGAUGAUAACUGCGUGGUCGGAGCUUUGAAUCCCACAGUCAGCUGAUGAAGAUGUUCCGCCGUGUGCUGGGGAAGACCUUGGGGUUUGUGGGCUACACUGUCCAGUAUGGCUGCAUUGCACAUUGUGCCUUUGAAUACAUUGGAGAAUUUGUGGUGUGUUCUGGUCCAUCUAUGGAGCCCACCAUUGUCAACCAUGAUGUCGUGUUCUCUGAGCGGAUGAGUCGUCAUCUUUGCAAAAUACAAAAGGGUGACAUAGUAAUUGCAAAAAGUCCAUUUGACCCAAAUAUGAAUGUUUGUAAAAGGGUAAUUGGGUUGGAAGGUGACAAGAUCUGCACAAGUGGCCCAUCAGAUCUUUUCAAGACCCACACAUAUGUUCCAAAAGGCCACAUAUGGCUAGAAGGAGAUAACCUUAGGAAUUCCACUGACUCAAGGAGCUAUGGCCCAAUUCCCUAUGCCCUCAUCCGAGGGCGUGUUUGCUUAAAGCUCUGGCCACCACAUAGUUUUGGGACACUCAGCGAAAGCCCAACCAGACGGAUCAUUAAAACUCAGAAUGACUCAGACUCAGACUGACUCAUCCAAUUUGUAUGUACCGUUUGUUACUUCAGUAAUUUUUAAAUAAAACCAUUUAUUUAAAAAAGUGGUUA